CCAGCGUCCUUCGCGGCGCUCCCACGCCGACGCGGCCAGCUCUUGCGGGGCUCUAGAAGGGGUGGCCUGGCCCUCCGUGUCAGGGACCGACUGAGGUGAUGGCGGCUCAGAAGAUAAACGAAGGGCUGGAACACAUGGCCAAAGCAGAGAAGUACCUGAAGACUGGUUUUUUGAAAUGGAAGCCAGAUUAUGACAGUGCUGCUUCUGAAUAUGGAAAAGCAGCUGUUGCUUUUAAAAAUGCCAAACAGUUUGAGCAAGCAAAAGAUGCCUGCCUGCGGGAAGCUGUUGCCCAUGAAAAUAAUAGGGCUCUUUUUCAUGCUGCCAAAGCUUAUGAGCAAGCUGGCAUGAUGUUGAAGGAGAUGCAGAAACUGCCGGAGGCUGUUCAGCUGAUUGAGAAAGCCAGCAUGAUGUACUUGGAGAAUGGCACCCCGGAUACAGCAGCCAUGGCCUUGGAGCGGGCUGGAAAGCUUAUAGAAAAUGUCAAUCCAGAAAAGGCCGUACAGUUGUAUCAACAGACAGCUAAUGUAUUUGAGAAUGAGGAACGCCUCCGGCAGGCAGUUGAACUACUGGGAAAAGCCUCAAGACUGCUGGUACGAGGACGCAGGUUUGAUGAGGCUGCACUAUCUAUUCAGAAAGAAAAAAAUAUUUAUAAGGAAAUUGAGAAUUACCCAACUUGUUAUAAGAAAACUAUUGCUCAAGUCUUAGUUCAUCUACACAGAAAUGACUAUGUGGCUGCAGAAAGGUGUGUGAGGGAGAGUUACAGCAUACCAGGGUUCAAUGGCAGUGAAGACUGUGCUGCACUCGAACAGCUCCUUGAGGGGUAUGAUCAGCAAGACCAAGAUCAAGUGUCAGAGGUGUGCAACUCCCCCCUCUUCAAAUACAUGGACAAUGAUUAUGCUAAGCUGGGCCUGAGCUUGGUAGUUCCAGGAGGGGGAAUCAAGAAGAAAUCACCAGCAACACCACAGGCCAAACCUGAUGGGGUCACCACUGCAGCUGCUGAUGAGGAGGAAGAUGAAUACUCAGGAGGACUGUGCUAGUAUUUGCUUGCAGAAGAGAAGAGAGAAAAAGGGGAAAUCCUAAUAUACUAUUUUCAUGGGCCUGGACCUAUUUAUGGGUUUCUCUACUUCGUUGAGGAUGUAAAGUUAAUGCUAAUAAAGAUUAAUUUUUAGUUACCAUUUCCUCAAAUCA